AUGGCGAGUCCUAAGCACCCUGGAAACCCUGGAUGGAUGGGACCCCUAGACCAGCACCCGGCAGGGACCAAGCAGGAGGCAUCAGCCAUUGGCCCAGACCCCCCACUUCCAGGAUCUGAAGGACACUUAGGCACCCCCAGCUCCAACUCCUGCAUGACCACGCGGGAGCUGCAAGAGCACUGGCGGCGGGAGAAGUGCGGCUGGAAGCCCGUCAAGCUGCUGUUCGAGGUCGCCUCGGCCCGCAUCGAGGAGAGGAAAGUCUCCAAGUUCGUGAUGUACCAGAUCGUAGUCGUCCAGACGGGGAGUUUUGACAGCAACAAAGCCGUCCUGGAACGGCGCUACUCAGACUUCGAGAAGCUCCAGAAAAACCUCCUCAAGGCGUUCAGGGAAGAGAUCGAAGACAUCUCCUUCCCCAAGAAGCGCCUGCUGGGGAACUUCUCGGAGGAGAUGAUGCGCGAGCGCAGGCUGGCCUUCCAGGAGUACCUCAGCCUGCUCUACCCCAUCCGCUGCGUGCGCCGCUCGCGCGAGUUCAUCGACUUCCUCACGCGGCCCGAGCUGCGCGAGGCCUUCGGGUGCCUGCGCGCAGGCCGCUACGUGGAGGCCCUGGGCAUCCUGGUGCACGUGGUGCCGCUGCAGGAGAAACUGACCCCGCACUGCCCCACCACGCGGGUGCCAGCGCUCUGUGCCAUGCUGGUGUGCCACCGCGACCUCGAGCGCCCGCGCGAGGCCUUUGCGGCUGGGGAGAGGGCGCUGCAGCACCUGCAGGCCCGGGAGGGCCACCGCUACUACGCGCCCCUGCUGGAGGCCAUGGUCCGCCUGGCCUACGCGCUGGGCAAGGACUUUGUAUCCCUGCAGGAGCGGCUGGAGGAGAGCCAGCUCCGCAGGCCCAGCCCGCGGGCCUUCACCCUGAAGGAACUCACCGUACGGGAAUACCUGUACUGA